UGUUAUCUUCCUCUAAGUUGUUCAACGACAGAAAAAAACAAUCUACAAAUGAACUCCUCAAAUCAUUUCCUAUGGUUUCUCGUGGUUGUUGUUUUAGAGGGGAAAUGCAUUGCCAGCACUAAAACAGGUGAGUAUUAAAUGAUGAUUUCCAAUAUGAUUUAACAAUUGUGUGUAAGGGUGAUCUUUUAACAAAGGUCACCUCGAUAAAUAACACAUAUUGAGAGAAAAAGAGGACGUGACACUGCUUCUGUCUGAAUCCUUUAGGUUUAAUUAUGAAACUUUACCAAGUAACGACUUUUAAAAAUCACUGGGAUUGAAAUCACUUAAAUGUAAAAGAAAAAACGAAAUGGUUUGGUGUAGUAGUAGUUGUAUGACGACCUGGUAUAAAAUGGCCGAUUGAUACACAGUAUUUUUAGUUAUGAUCAAAGUGGUUUAUCCAUUCCUUUGAAACCCAUUUAUUACAGGUAAACCUAUAAUAACUCUGCCAUUUACAGUCGUUGAGACAGUAAAGGAGCAUUUAUUGUCGUGCACCGCCUUGGGAACGCCUCCCAUUCAGGUGAAACUGUUUAAGGAUAACAUCCUUUUGGCAAGUGGAAAAAGCAGCAUACAUUUUCGACUAAAUGAAUCGGUCACGUACACAUGCCUCGCCAGUAACUCAUUUGGUACAGAUUAUAGAGAUUUCCAAGUUACCCUAUUAGGUACACUGUAA